AAUUCCACAGUAUUGACAUUCUUUGCACCAUCAGACUUGAGUGAAAUUGGUGGGAUGAAAUGCAAGCAUAUUUGUGUGUCCCCAAAAUGGAGAAAUGGACAUGCACAUAAAGACUGUGUCUUCAUAAUUACUGACCCACAUGCUCCCAGGAAUGCAGGGCAUGGAUAUUGCUCAAGUACUCACAUUCUUUUCCUUUCAGUUGCAAGGGGGAUAUUAUCCAUGCACAGUUGUCCACUGGUUCAACUAAGUUGGUGA